UGAAAUCGUGCGCACCUACCAGGUCGGCACACUUUGUCUUUGCGACCGUGUUCUAUCGGUCUAGGUCCUUCUUCAAGGGUUUCCAAGUCGAUUAGGCACCCUCUAUCUUCGUUUUAUAGUUUCCAGCAUGCUGUUCAGCCACCAUCAGUCUUCCAACCUUGUCGUCUUGCUGCUUUCACAGCUCUUACGGAUCUGUGUAUCUUUAUCCUACUCUUGCUGUCUUUUCACUUCCAUGCUCCACUAUUAUCUUCCUACAGGCAGCAUCAAGCAGGUAUACUACAUAGACUCGUGGACGUGGUACAGCUGUAAACAUCUUUGGAAAAUAGUCUACCCCUUGACUCGGUCUUGAGGUCGGUUAAGCUUCCCUUUCAUGUGGACAACACUGCCAUCGUGGUCCUGUUCCUUUUUCUAAUAUCUAUAUUGAUCAUCAUAUCCAUUGACACAGAAGCUUCAGUGAGUAAGAUGGCUCUGGUUUCUCUAUCUCAUGGGUCUCGCAUGCCUGAACAUGUCAUCUUUAUAACUCAUUCGUUGCUACGUGGGCUCCCGAUCAAAAUUUAUUGUAUCAUACAGUACAAGGAGGAGUUGCCGGUCUCGGAAAGUCCAUUGCAACGGGACCCCGUUCGGACGAAGGCAAAGUCUAGACUUGCGAACAGUGCGAUUCGCCUUGUGAAACAGCAUAAUCUUCUUAUCAGCACGGCUACUCCGACGCGCGCUGCCCGCAAACAUAAUGGAAAACGAGCGGGGCGGUUUAACCCCGGGAACUCAACCCACGGUUUACUUCCAUCUCUGAUCAUGCGUCUUGCAUUUGCGGUCAAGUCGAUCCUACCAGCCGGGUUGGAAAACAAUCAAGGAUGGUCGAGUGACCUUGGGGAGCAUUCUGUGCCAUCGGACCGGACAUCCGUUUCGUCCUCGUACCAGGGUUGUUGUAUUCGGUUUCUCCCGCCUAUCGUGCAAGUCUAUUCCGGCGAGUUACAGUGUCUAAAUCCGGUUACAUCGACCUCCUUCGAACCUGAUCAGAUACCAUUCACCCUGAUCAGGUAUAUUUUCACAUCAAUCUACUGCCCAUCUUCGCUUGGUCACCAGGCUUGUUCGUACAGCAGCAUGUCUACUACAUUUAUCCCUUCUGAAUCCCUUACCUAUGUCCAGAGGCGCCUCAAUCUCCACGUGAAUGGGAAACUUGCUCUUUGGAAUCUUUGUGUAAACAUUACCUUCUGUGGCUGUUCGGCGCUUCUGUUGUACUCUCUGGCAGGGUUUGACGGCGGAACUGUUCUCGAGGGCGGAAGUGUCGACGGCAGAAACGUCUUCGGACCUGUUGUCAAGAGCGCAGAUUCUCCCCGUACUAUUUCCAAAACUGCGCAAGCCCAGAACAUUUACACUGAUGUCGGCUCCGCGAUGGAAGGGAUUCCUACGUUCACACCGACUGCACCCGUGCCCGAAGCUGUUCUCAUUCAUUGCACGACUUCUACGACCAUAUACAUCUCCUUGAUAUGGAUUUCCCCUUCAGUACAAAUAGCUUGCCGG